AUGGAUAUCGCCUACGACCACAUCCAGGAGGAGAUCCUCACUUCCAACAAGGAGGAGGGAGGUGCCUCUAACACCACAAACCCCAACACCAACCUGAACACCGAGUUCCAAGAGACCUUCCGCGCCUUCUCCGCCAGUCCGUGGGGUACUAAAAUCGGAGGCCUUUGGGAUAAUGUUCGCAAGCAGGGCGAGAGUUACUACGAAGGCGCCCGACAAGAAUAUGUGGCAGCCAGCGAGGAGGCAGUUAAGGGCUUUUCUGGCCUGAGGGACACCAUCGCCGAUCGAACAAAGGGGCUGUCUCUCAGCACCGCAACAUUGACCGGUGGCAAUGAAGGCUCAAAGGACGAGGCUGCCACACCGACCGCCUCGUCGGAAGAGGAGUUCAAGGGACAGAAGGAGGCCGGUGAAUCUAGUGGCGAGGGGUUUAUUUCUCGUUUCAAGGCUGAAGCCGCUCGUCGACUAAAGGAAAUUGAAAAGGCCGAGGAAGCUGCUGACGAAGCGAUCUUGCGGUUCGGACUGAGCAUCAGCCAGAAGCUCCGCGAGGCUGUCAGCAUUGUGCCUCCCGAGACAGAUGAGUCGGGCAAGCUUCUCUUUGAGAGCAAGGAUGCAGAUGGUAAACGGGUUAUUCAUGCGACUCGAUUCGAUGCUCAGCUGCACGUUAUCCACUCGAACCUGGACAGCUUUACCAAGGAUCCCGCCAGUGACAAAUUCCCGGAAUUCAAGAAGAAUUUCAGUGUUGAUGCCAAGACAGACGAGAUCGCUUCUCACCUGGAGAAGUAUCCCGAGCUGCGAUCUGCCAUGGAGAAAGUUGUUCCGGAGACGGUGGAAUAUGUGGACUUCUGGACUCGCUACUACUUCCUGCGCCUUGUCAUUGAGACCGAGGAGCAGAAGCGCAAGGAACUUCUGAGAGGUGCCUCGGCAGACGAUGAGGAGGUCGGUUGGGAUGAUGAUUCUGACUCUGAAUCCGUAUCUCCUGCCACUCCCCAAGUUAGUGCUGGAGCUCAAAGCCUUGCUCCGGAAGCCCAGAAGGCCGAGCCUCGCCGAUCGAACGACCAGCACUCCCAGGCUGACAGCGAAUCAAGCUACGAUGUCGUCAGCGGAGCUGCGAGCCGGACUCCUGGUUCACCGAAGGAGAAGAGCUCAACUACGGAUUCCAAGGCAGAGGACAGUGACGAUGACUGGGAGUAG